GAGGGUUUGUACUUGAGCUAUGAAAUUUGACUGCCUGUUUGCAUAUUUCCAUCUCUUGGUUUAAGAGAUGAAAGUACCUCUUGUGUUGCCACUGAACAGUGACCUCACUGCUCAAUGUUUAUGGUGCCCAAGAGAUAAGAAGCCAAGUGCCCUGCCCCUCUGACAGUCCUAGCGAAGAGAGAGGACACUCGGAUACUGGGAAGGAGCAGGCUGGGACCGAGAAACCACCAUGGACAAGAGCGUAGUUGAGGGCUACUUCCCUGGCAGCCACUGGCUCUACUUCUGGGUCUACCUCUUCAUCUUCCUCACCGGCCUUCCCCUCAAUGUGGUGGCCCUGAUUGUCUUUGUGGGUAAACUGAGGCGUCGCCCUGUGGCCGUAGAUGUUCUUCUGCUCAACCUGACCGUCUCUGACCUGCUGCUGCUAGUCUUCCUGCCCUUUCGGAUGGUGGAGGCAGCGAAUGGCAUGUACUGGACUCUGCCCUUCCUCUUAUGCCCCCUCUCAGGCUUCCUCUUCUUCACCACCAUCUACCUCACUUCCCUCACCCUCACCGCCGUGAGUGUGGAAAGAUUCCUGGGGGUGGCCUACCCUCUGUGGUACAAGACCCGGUCGAGAACCGGCCAGGCAGGCUUGGUCAGUGUUGGCUGCUGGCUGCUGUCAGGGGCCCACUGCAGCGUGGUCUAUAUUGUUGAAUAUUUGGGGGAUUCCUUCUCAAUGCAACAAACCAAUAAGACCUGCUACCUGAAUUUUAGGAAAGAGCAGCUGACUAUUGUGCUGCCCGUCAGACUUGAAAUGGCUGUGGUCCUCUUUGGACUUCCACUCGUUCUUGCCUGCUACUGCUAUGGUCAAAUGAUGUGGAUCCUGAGCAAGGGGAGCAGCUGGAAGAGGAGGAAAAGGGUGGCAGGGCUGAUAGGGGCCACGAUGCUCAACUUCCUACUCUGCUUUGGCCCAUACAAUGCCUCCCAUAUUGUUGGCUAUAUCCAGGGCAAAAGUCCGGGGUGGCGUGGGUAUGUGUUGCUGCUCAGCACCCUCAACUCCUGCGUGGAUCCCCUUGUCUUUUACUUCUCAUCAUCUGGCUUCCAGAGGGACUUCCACAGGCUGUUCAGGAGUCUGUUGGAGGCUUCAGGUCUUUGCCGGGGAAAUGUCAGAAGUGGGUCAGGAAUACAAGAGAGAAAUAGACAGGAGAAGGAAAUGUCUAAUAGUUAAAAGAGGGAACAUGGAGUGAAGGCCAUGGAGAGCGAGUGAAAGAUGGGAGUUGGAGGGCAAGCUGAGCUCCCUGGGGAAGGAAGGCAUUGCUGACUGACAAAGGCUCUGGGGCUAGAGGGGCAGGGAUGAGAUCAAUUGGGUGGGACAUGGGAAAUUUGCAGGGAGGAGCCCACUUGGGAAUACAAUUUCCCUAGAAAUUCAGGACUAACUUGGCACAGAGCAGCCGGAUUUCAAAGGAAUGUUUUCUCAGUUCCCAUUUGUGGCAGACACCCAUUAUUUCCUAGGUCCAUCCCUGGGAGGGAGGGGGCAAGGUGGAAUGAUUAAUCAGGUGCUUUUGUGCCUUUUGGGGGGUAAAAAGACAAGAACAAUAAUUUGAGCUAUUGGAAAAGCAUCCAAUGUCUGAAUAUUUGGUAAAAAGGUAUUUUUGGAGUUUGCUACUGACUUGGGUGGAGGGUGGAGGCUGUGGCCCAUUCCCCCUGGUACCCCUGUAGGCCUCCAGGGAUACGAGAGAGCCUGGUUCCCCAGAACAUUUUUUUCACUGAGUUUCUGCUUUUCCAAUGAAAUCAUGAUGAUGCUCAUUAACAUUUAUGUAAAAUCACAAAAGCUAAAUUAAACAAAUAAAUUUGGUGGAGAGUAACCAAGAAGGACGCCAUUCUUUCUUACUUGCCUUUUCAGUUUAUGUGGGAGGUUUGGAUUUAGGGGUGGUGGUGGGAGUAAGGGAAUAGAAGGUAAAACAACUGGGUUCUGAGAGAAGAGAGA